ACAAACCACCCCCGUCACACCCUGACCUAACCAAAAUAAUAAAGAAAACAAAGGUAACUAAGGUCAGGGCGUGACAUCAUGUAAAUUAUCUCUCCCUUAUCACUGUCAUGUUAAUUAUCUCUCCCUUACCACUGUCAUGUUAAUUAUCUCUCCCUUACCACUGUCAUGUUAAUUAUCUCUCCCUUAUCACUGUCAUGUUAAUUAUCUCUCCCGUAUCACUGUCAUGUUAAUUGACUCUCCCUUACCACUGUAAUGUUCAUUAUCUCUCCCUUACCACUGUCAUGUUCAUUAUCUCUCCCUUACCACUGUCAUGUUAGUUAUCUCUCCCAUAUCACUGUCAUGUUAGUUAUCUCUCCCAUAUCACUGUCAUGUUAGUUAUCUCUCCCUUACCACUGUCAUGUUAAUUGACUCUCCCUUACCACUGUCAUGUUCAUUAUCUCUCCCAUAUCACUGUCAUGUUAGUUAUCUCUCCCAUAUCACUGUCAUGUUAGUUAUCUCUCCCAUAUCACUGUCAUGUUAGUUAGGUAGGUUAACACAUGAAAGGAACACAGUGGUAUAAAGGAUAUUGGGGCCAAAACAACAUCUUAGCUUGUUCUCCUGUAUGUGUGCUGUGUAACACAGCCUCUGUUUGAAGUGUAGACAUUAACCCCAAGGUCUGAAGCCUAGACAUUAACCCCAAGGUCUGAAGCCUAGACAUUAACCCCAAGGUCUAAAGCCUAGACAUUAACACCAAGGUCUGAAGCCUAGACAUUAACUCCAAGGUCUGAAGCCUAGACAUUAACACCAAGGUCUGAAGCCUAGACAUUAACACCAAGGUCUGAAGCCUAGACAUUAACCCCAAGGUCUGAAGCCUAGACAUUAACACCAAGGUCUGAAGCCUAGACAUUAACACCAAGGUCUGAAGCCUAGACAUUAACACCAAGGUCUGAAGCCUAGACAUUAACCCCAAGGUCUGAAGCCUAGACAUUAACAACUAGGUCUGAAGACAAUCUCAUAUCUCUGCACUGAUUAACCAGUAGGGUGUGAUGUUGGACUUCUUUACUUCGUUGCUACUUUCCGGUACCUGAAGAAUUUCUGGCUGUGCAUCAAAGCCGUGAUGUACCAUGGGUAAAUUGUGACCGACUGACUGAUCUACAAAUAAUAUUGAGUAGUUAUUUAUGAUGCAAGGUGAUUUGUAGAUUAGUCAGUCUCUGUGUCUGUGGAGCUGAAUGUACACGUAGAGAGGGUGUGGUUAAAGUGUUUCACAACCACGAUGAAUAGAUGUGAAACUAAAAGCUGUUUCCUAAUUUUUACACAGGAUUAGGUAAGGAUCCGGUGUGAGAGAUGGCGUCUACAGCGUACGUAGAGGAACUAACCUGUUCUGUGUGUCUCUCUCUCUUCACUGAUCCAGUCAGCCUCUCCUGUGGUCACUCAUUUUGUCGACAAUGUUUUACAAACUUUCGGAGAACACAGAAUCUGUGUCCUCAUUGCCGGGCUAGAAUCUCAACAGCUGAGGGAAAUCUCUCAACCAACCACAUUCUGAAGAGCUUGGCCGACAAAGCUAAAGAGGAAGCAGUACGCGACAAGAAGACAAGGGGGACUGAGUGGUUGUGUCCAGACCAUGACGAGAAACUGAAACUAUUCUGUGAGACAGACCAACAGUUGGUUUGUGUCAUAUGCCGGGACGGGGAGAAGCAUGACGGGCAUAAGUUUAAACCUAUCAAAGAGGCAGCCUCAGCUAGGAGGAGGGAAUUAGAUGAGGCCAUUCAGUUCCACACUAGGGACAACAGCUCCGUGGAGCACCUGGCCAAACAACAGGAAAAAGAGAUGACAAAAACCAAGACUAAGUCCUGUAAGCUGAGGACUCAAAUCAGCAGCCAGUUUGAAGAGAUGCACCAGUUUCUGAAGAAGAGGGAAGAUCAGAUAAAGAAUGAGUUGCAGGAGAAAGAAGAGAAGACCUUGAAGAAGAUGAGAGGGAAUUUAGAGAGUAUGGAGUUGAUACUGUCAGAGAGGAAAGAGAAGGAGGUGAUGAUGAAAUCUGCUCAGAACAUCCCGGACAGCGAGGGUUUCCUGCAGUGGUGGAAUAAACGGGUCUUGUCUGAGGUGGAGGCACUAAAGAACAGGGACAUGCCACCACCAGAACUUCAUGGGGAGGACACGACUGAGACGCAAGGAGCCACCAAGGAGCGUCCAUACAAGUCCAGGGUGGAUGACCUAAAGGUGACACCUGUCUCCCUCUCUCUGGGGCCCUAUGAGUCUCACCUGCAGUUCUUUGUGUGGAAGGAGAUGCUGCAGGUAAUCAAUCCUCUACCAGAGAGACUAACACUACAAACAGUGAGUCAGAAACUGACUAUCUCCAAUGACCCAGAAAUGUGGAAUCAGCUCAUUCAGCUCGACAUCAAUCACAACAAUCAAAAUUACUGAGUAACAGUUCGUUCAGCACUGGACAACACUGCUGGGAAAUAGAAGUGGGAAGUGGGGCUUUCUGGGAACUCGGAGUUUUAAAAGCUGUGGGGGUUUUUUGGUUCAAACUUUUUGGUUCAAAAACAAUGUGUCUCAGGUAUAGAAAUAAAAAAUAUACUGUUCACGGUAUGGGUACCGAAAAACAAAUCCUUUUAAGAGAUACACCUCGAAAGAUAGCUCUAUACCUAAGUUGUGCAGCCAAGGAACUCUCUUUCUACAAUGCAGAUGACAUGUCGCUUCUCUAUACUCUAGUCUGUUAUUGGGAAGACGUGUCAGCCUAUUUCAACAUUGGUGAAUGUGAUGGAGUAGAUUCUGACCCCCUGACAGUCUGCUGGUAUUGAUCUGCUUAUCAUAGACCCCCUGACAGUCUGAUGGUAUUGAUCUGCUUAUCAUAGACACCCUGACAGUCUGCUGGUAUUGAUCUGCUUAUCAUAGACCCCCUGGCAAUCUUCUGGUAUUGAUCUGCUUAUCAUAGACCCCUGGCAAUCUGCUGGUAUUGAUCUGCUUAUCAUAGAACCCCUGACAGUCUGCUGGUAUUGAUCUGCUUAUCAUAGACCCCCUGACAGUCUGCUGGUAUUGAUCUGCUUAUCAUAGACCCCCUGACAGUAUGCUGGUAUUGAUCUGCUUAUCAUAGACCACCUGACAGUCUGGUAUUGAUCUGCUUAUCAUAGACCCCCUGGAAUCUGCUGGUAAUGAUCUGCUUAUCAUAGACCCCCUGACAGUCUGGUAUUGAUCUGCUUAUCAUAGACCCCCUGACAGUCUGGUAUUGAUCUGCUUAUCAUAGACCCCCUGACAGUCUGGUAUUGAUCUGCUUAUCAUAGACCCCCUGGCAAUCUGCUGGUAAUGAUCUGUUUAUCAUAGAUCCCCUGACAGUUUGGUAUUGAUCUGCUUAUCAUAGACCCCCUGACAGUCUGGUAUUGAUCUGCUUAUCAUAGAUCCAGUCACAUCAAAGUAAAACAAUCUACAAGUAAUUUUGACACACAAAGUGGCAGAAAUGUGAUAUUGGUCAUGGAUUGAUCAGAAUCAAAGGGAGUUUUGACAUGCUUCUCUAAAUGCUUUCGUUAAACACACAUCAUAGUGUCUCACAUUUUAUUUGACAUGCCACCUGUACAUUUACUUUUAAACCUUUAACUUUUCAAAACUGCAUUAAGGGAAUUACUGAAUGACACUAGGGGGCAGAGGUUUUGAUUAGGAUUCAGAUUUUACAUUGAGUUAAUGAGAUUUUACAUCAACACAACCCUGUGAUAUAAACAAUGUGUGUUUUGGGUUUAACGCUUUACUAUCUUGUUAAUAUGCAUUUUUGUACAUAUAUCAAAUUAUUUCAUACUCGUUGACUUGUGUUUUUAUAAUGAACAAUGUCUAUUUUAGAUUAGGGUGAGGCUUUUCAUAACGUUUAUCAUCUUCCUCACCUUCACAUAUUUAUUAUAGCUUGUGUGCAGAGAACUUGACAAAUAAAAUGGUCUAUUAUUUAACCCUGA